AUGUUCCUGACACUUGCUCGGACGGUGCGCCGGCGCUCGCGCUUCUUCUCCAUCGACAUCGUUCGCCCGAGUGCAGGUCCCGCGAGCUUGGAGCCGGAGGCAAACGCGACCGACUCGGUCAAGACCGCCCUCCAGCAGAAGCUCGGCCUCCAGAACGACUCGAUCGCCGCAUGCCAUCGCGACUCGAACCGUGUCGACUCGGAGCAAUCGCUGGCGAUGGAGACGGUUGCGAUUCCACACGACCGCAGAAUCUGCAACCACGAUACAAACGUGCAAAAGUCCAAGGAACAAGACGUCCAGGUGAAGACCAAGGGUUCGAACGCCUUUAUUAUGGAGGCCAUUUUGACGCUGGAACAAGACAUCGUGAAUCAUAACGUCCACUUAUGA